UGCGGGGGCGGCGGCAGCGGCGGGCGCGCGGGGCGCUGCUUCUCGUCCUCCGGCCAGCGACGAUUCGGAGAUCUGUUCCCGAGCCGCCGUCCCACCGGGCGUUAAGCCGCCCCGCUUCUCCUCGACCCACCUCAGCUCCUCGCCUCCGGAGCCGUCCUCGACCCGCCGCCGCGGCGGCCUCGUCCAUCCCGCCAUGGCCGUGUGCCGCCGCCUGGCCCGGCUGGCCGCCAACCUGCAAGACCCGCGCGGGGUGGCCGCCUUCCAGCGGCUGUGCGGGGUGGAGGGGCCCGCGGGCUGGGCCGGGAGCCGGGGGCCGGUGGCGAACGGCGGGUCUCCCCCGGGAGGGCGGCGGCAUCCCGCGGGGAACGGGGCCGUGCCCGGAGGGGCCGCGGCCGCCCAACGGCGCUGGCGGAGGCCGCGCCGCAACUCCCUGACGGAGGAGGAUGGCUGCCAGGAGUUCAACGCCCGCAGCCGCUUCCUCUACUACCUCUUCAGCUUAGGCACCGAGCUGGGCAACGAGCUCUUCUACAUCCUCUUCUUUCCCUUCUGCAUCUGGAACUUGGACGCCUGGCUGGGCCGCAGGCUGAUCAUCAUCUGGGUGUGGGUGAUGUACCUGGGGCAGUGCACCAAGGAUGUCAUCCGCUGGCCGCGGCCCGCCUCCCCGCCCGUGGUGAAGCUGGAGGUCUUCUACAACUCCGAGUACAGCAUGCCUUCCACCCACGCCAUGUCGGGCACCGCCAUCCCGCUGGCUCUGCUGCUGCUCAGCUACGGCCGCUGGCAGUAUCCCCUUAUGUUUGGACUGAUCCUUGCGUUCUGCUGGUGUUCUUUGGUUUGCUGCAGUAGAAUUUAUAUGGGAAUGCAUUCCAUUUUGGAUGUUAUUGCUGGAUUUCUGUAUGCAAUUCUCAUCUUAAUUGUCUUCCAUCCAGCUGUGGACCUGAUUGAUGACUUCAACUUAACUUACAAGUAUGCGCCCCUAAUUAUCAUCAGUCUGCAUUUAGCCCUGGGCAUCUUCUCUUUUACUCUGGACACGUGGAGCACAUCGCGUGGAGACACAGCUCAGAUACUGGGCUGUGGUGCUGGAGUAGCCUGUGGUUCUCAUGUUAACUACAUGAUGGGUGUGAAACUAGAUCCCCCUCUUGAUACACUGCCUUUAUCUCUUUCCUCUCUCACCGUGACUGUGUUUGGAAAAGCCAUAUUACGGUUGUUGAUUGGCGUAAUAAUUCUCUUACUAACAAAAAUAGCAAUGAAGAAAGCCACUAUUCCACUGGCAUGCAAAAUAUUUCGCAUACCACACGAUGACGUACGGAAAGCGAGACAACGCAUGGAAGUUGAGCUGCCCUAUCGCUAUAUCACGUAUGGAAUGGUUGGGUUCUCCCUCAUGUCUGUUGUUCCUUGCGUCUUCCACUUCAUUGGUCUUUCCUGAUGUAAAUUUAUCACUUCAAGUAGGAAAACAGAGCUAGUUGCUUUUGGAAGAGGUGCACUUGUUUGCUAAGGGAAGGCCGGUGAGCUUGGCUUUUAGCAGGGUCUUCACUUUCACAGCAGUACAUAGCAGACAAAGCAUUUAGAAGACAUUGCACAUCUCUGGUGUGCUGUGGGGCCAGAAGGUGGGUACCUUGAAAAGUGCUGAUGUCUAUAAAUGCUGUGUCUAGACUUACUGCUGUCACAAAGUCUGUGUGUGAUGCAGUGAAUGUACCUGGAAUGUCUGUCAUACUGUAUCUGUGUAUGUUGAUGCUUUAACAUGUAUGUCUGACAGCUAAUCAGAAAGCUGCAUUCACCUUUUUUUUUUUUUUUUUUUUUUGCCAUUUCAUAGUAACUUAUUCAAGUUGUUGGGUCAUACAGUGCUAAGUUGGUUUUCCUCACUUAUCUCCUAAAAGUGUGGGAAUGAGAUGUUUUGGCUAAUAGGCAUAUUUAACGGACCAAACUUUUAAUUUGAUUGAGGUUUUCUAAAGGAAAGUCACUCCAAAUAGAAGCUUUUUUUUUUUUCUUUUAGCAUCCCCUGCAGGGUAAGUAGUCUGGAUUUGCACUGGUGGUAGGUAACACUAGAGCAUGUAUGAUUCAGGUACUGUAUCUUACAGUUUAAUAACUGUGCCUUUCUGUUGCUAAAUUAAGAAACGCCACGUAUACUGUGAUGUAAAAAGACUAAUUGUGUUAAAAAUGGUUUAUAAUUAGGCAGGUAUUUUUAAGUGGUGACUGUCCAUGUUGCUGAGGAGGUUCAAGUGAACUGGAACAUUCAGGGUUUAGCCUGUUGAAAUAGCAUAUGUAAAAUGACAUGAGAAUCGUUCUUGACCUCAAGAGAUUGUAAAUGGGCAAUAACCUAUUUGUAGGUAUUUUUAACAUGUAUUGUAAGCUCCUUGAAGAGGAUAUAUUUUUCUGGAGAUGGUUUUUACAAAGGAAAGAUGUUCAAAAUUGUAUGAAAAUAAAAACAAUAAAAAUACUGCAUUCUAUUAAGAAAGGGACCUCACGUAGUAUUCCAAACUGACUGAGAAGUACUGUGCUUGUUAGAUAUACACUUAGAAAAUAUCCCUGCUCUUGAAAAAAGUAAAUAUUUUAAUUCAUUAAUGCACUGCGUUAAAAGGUAAUAAUCACUUUUACCCAGCUCAGCUGUAAGAUAAUGAUCAAUGUAAAUUCAUCAGGCCUUCUGGCAGGAAGGUGUGAGCAGAACACACUAUGGUCACUUCAUGAACGGUUUGUGCAUAUCUGGGUUUUACUGUUACGCACUUUUGGGCUUGUCAUGAUUCAUUUUGCAGUGGCGAGCAGGAUGUGACCCUUUAAUUGUGAUUUCAUUUGCUUCUUUUUUGAGUUUCAUUUUGUCUGUUACUGUUACCCAAUUCGUUGUUUCCAUGUUAGGAACUGGUGUGUUGCAGCUGGAGCUGUCUUCCUGUUAGAUCACACCUGAGUUAACUUUGUUUUGUAUCGGUGUUUCUUUCAGGAAAACCAUAAUUUGGUGAGGGAGUCAUCUAGCUAAAAUACAGAGCUCACAUUUUCUUACAGAAUAUUUGCAAUCAGGAGGUUCUUUUUACUGGAGGAAUGAGCUCAGAACUUUGUAUCUCUUUCCUCAGAGCAGUCCAAGAUUCCAUGUGUUGGCAAUAGAGGACAUGAAAUUGGACUUCUCUGAUGUGUGUUCAGAAUGCACAGCUAUGAAUGUAUUCAAAAGAAUUGAUGGUGUGUUGAACUACUUUUACAGCUGAAAAGAUCUUACCUUGUGAAAGAUGGUUGGUUUAAUUCAGUCAGAUUUCUAAUUUUUGUCUUUUCCUUUAUUGCAGUUGUAUGCUGAAUGUAUAUGAAAGAUAAAUUUGUUCCCAAGGUUUUGAGGGUUUUGAUUUCCUCUGGCUUGGCUUUGAGCACUAAAGCAGUCACUGAAUAAAUAGCUGGGAGGAAUGUACACAAAAUGCCUUAUGUUUAAAAGCCCUCAACAAGUUGUUUGUAGUCCCAAUUACUUUAAAAGAGUCUGAGGACAAUAAUGGGAUGACUUUUCCUAAAACAUAGGACAUUUUCAUUAAACGUCUUAACUUUGUAUUUUAUAGUAAAGCAUAUUUAAACUGUAGCAUAGAAAGAAUGUGUGCACAAAAACUGAUUUUAAGGUACGCAUUUGACUUCUAGGAACUUGAAGUUUACAAAAUAGGAAUGUUCUUACAGUGUGUUCUGUAGCUGUGCUUGCUCUGUUGUACUAUUAAUGGAACCUGUUGUGGAAGAUCUGGAAUGCUGGGUGGGGAAAAUGCAGGUAGGAUUUUCACUGGGCUAAGGAAAAUUGCACUGUAGCUUAUUCUGCCGUUACACAAAGUAUACAUUUUAUAUUUUCAUACAUACUUCAGAGUGCCACGUUCCAUGUAGCACAUGGUUUGGUCUGUAGGAAACAUACUGGGAUGUUGCUUUGUACAGCGUUACUCCCCUGUCGCUAAGGCUGCAGCUGCUUUUGUGGAGUUUACAUGAAUGGACUUUUACUCCUCUGUUUUCAUGUUUAGCACAAAACAUCAUCUAGUAUGGAUUAGUAUUAGAAGGCAGAAGGAAAAAAAAAAAGCCAACUGAAAUAUUUUUGUUUUAAUUCAUUAUUAAGCAAAAAUAAAUUAAGAUUCCUCCAAUUAGUCAUAAUAAAACAGGUAAAACCAGAGCGCUUUCUUUUCCCUAAACUACUGCUGGAGUUGGAUGUGGAAAAAAAUGAUUCUAGUGUGAGCAGCAGCUGGUACCAAAUUAUUUAUAAAUGCAUUUAACAUAGCUUUUAAAAGGUAGUGAAGUGUCUUUUUAGAAGGGCAAUGUACUUCAUACAUCUCCUGGAGUUGAAGCAAAAGCAUUACUCACAUGUUGAUUCCCAUUCACUUUAAUUCUGAUUUAUGAAGUCUUUAGGAAAGAAAACUACAUUAUUGAAGCAGGUACAGAUACAUUUUUUUUUACUAAAAGAUAUAAGCUAAAUUGGGGUUGUUUGGUUGCCAUUUGAAAUGCAAAGCAGAAAUAAAAGUAAUGUAGAGUGUAAUUUGGAACUCAAUUCUUUUUUUCCAUGAGACAGAGGAGACAGCAGUCUGUCCCAGUCUGCUUAUGCAUAAGAAAUUUGUUUUCCUGACCUGUUCCACAGUGCAAGGCAGAUGCAAGUUCUAGAACCUUUCCUUAUGAGAAAAGUUUCUUGUUUACAAUAAAGCUCUUUUGCUUCCUGUUCUGUGAACCACUGUUAAAGCAUCUUUCUUCUAUGGAAUCACCCAUGGGGCUCUUCAGCAUCUGGUCACAUUGCCUUAUUACUUAGCUUGCAAAUUUAAAUAAAAAUGAAAAAUCAAGGUAAAUUGGCAAAGCAGAGGGAGUUGUUACUUUGCUUAGAAACUUUUCUCAAGCUUAGGUGCAGCUUUUCUUCUGGAGGAAAAGUUGAAAACAAAGUAACCAACGUGACACCAGAAAGAUGUGCUUCUUUAUGAACAGUGUCUUUGAAUGUGGUGUGUAGUUUUGUUUGCUUCUUACCAGAACAGUGUUAAAUAGUCCUGAUUUUAAAAGCUGACAGGUUUUCCUCUGCUAUUAGAUCUUAUUAUUGCUUUCAUUGGUGUUUUUACACAUUUCUUGUUUAUUUCCUAAUGAGUGUCCUAAACUUCCUGUAAUCCUCCUUAUGUGAGGAUUCUUUUGAACUUGUAAAUAAUUAAGGGCUGUUAGUGGCUGUUGUAGCUGCUCAAAUACAUAAAACAGGCCUUGCAUGCUGUAUGUAAAUGCAUCUGUUGUGUUAAAAGUUGUCUCUAUUUCAGUAUUUGCUUUCUCAAUACAAAAAGGAGAUUCACAUGCAAUAUAAGAUGUUUUAACAAUUCAGUUGUAUGAGGGGCCAUUGCUGUCAAGCUCCUAUUAACGUUGUUGGGAUUUCUGCACCAAGUUCCAUAUAUAUUUCAUUGAGAAUGAACCCUGAACGCAUCCAAUGAUUAGUGUGUGUUAGGUGACUUGCCUGCUAAGGUGCACAUGUCAUAUCCUUGCCUUUGAGAUUUGGGAGAUUGUUCUUAAGAUCUCUUAUCCCAGUUCUUACAUGACUUUUAAAGAGCUGAACUUGGAAGUUGUUUCACAGCAGUUGGAUCUGGUUGUACAUCGGCAGCAGUUAAUUGACAUUUUUUUCCUCUAUACUGUAGCAAUGCUGAGUAAUAAGAUCCAGAAUGCUGUCAGUAGCUGACAUAAGGGCAGGAGAACUGAUUUUUGCUUACUGAGACUCAAGUUUCUGUAAUAACCUUUGUUUUAAGAUAUGACUCAGAAGCACUCUCCUGCUAUAUGCUACAAAUGGCUUUGAGGAGCUUUGGAUGACUUUGUGUCAGGAAGUUACAUUGAAUCAUUUAAUGCCACGUCUGACAGUUUCACAGAGUUGUAGGGAUUGGGAGGGACCUCUGGAGAUCAUGUAGUCCAACCCUGCUAAUGCAGGUUCCUGGCAGUUGGCUGCACAGGAGAGCAUCCAGGCAGGUCCUAAGUAUGUCCAGAGAAGGAGAUGCCACGUCUCUGUGGGCAGCCUGAUCCAAUGCUGUUACCUUCAAAGUAAAGAAAAAUUUCCCCUCUACUCCAAUAGAAAGCUUAAGUGUGUUUUUGUUCCAGGUGAUAUAUGAAUGUAUUGAAAAUAUACUGUGAAUACUUUGAGUCAGAUUGAUUGAUAACUGGGUCACUAAUGUUGUUCCUCCUAUGUGACUUUGUGAAACAAAGGCAAACAAAACUUAAUUUGGAACCAAAAUGAGGUAUCACAUGGCAGAGAGAGUAUUACUGUUUAGGUGUUCUCUAAAAUGCUUGUAUCAGAUGCUGAGUUUUUAAGCAAGUUAAUUAUGCAUUAGAAAAUGGUUUUUGCACUUAGUUCUGUACCUGAAGUAAGUUGCAUAUUGGUAAGAGUCCAUUUAACAAAAUGAAGCAGUAAGUAGUAAGUGCUUGCAGGAUGUAAUCAAGGUCAAAGAGUGUAAAGGGUGCAGAGGAGAAUGCUACCUUGAAAAUAUUAAUCAGAAAUGUAAAUAAGAAGCCCUCACAGUUGUGACUGAACUAUGUGACUAAACCUGUCACUGAGGUGUCUUUUUUUUUUUUUUGAGAACUUUAUUUUAUUAAAAGUCCAGUGGAAGUCAAGGCUGACAGGCCUGAAAUGAAAGUAAGAUUUUACAACAGGGGUGUUUAUAAUACCAGCACUGAAAGAGAUAAUUUGAUAGCUAAUAGCUUGAAAUGUCAGAGCAGAGGCUGAAGGGGAUUUUAUAAUAAUGCACUUAAAAUUGGGCCAAAAUUUGGCCUAUUCUUGAUCCAUAUGAAAUCUGUAGUACUAUAUAGAAAUAUAUAUUAAAAAUAUUGUGCAUAUUGGACUUUAGCUUUUAAAAUUCUAUGCGUAUAUUUUUCUUGUUAUUGUAUUCCCCAAUAAAAGCAGGUAUCCAUAAAAUAUAACCCAGGUUUCUCCAUAUUAGGCAAGGAUAUAUGUUGAUAGCAAUCUGGGAAAUGAUGUGGCUGUACCCCCAGUCUCUCCACCUUUUGGAGAGCUUUUAUUUUAAACAGAAUGAAAAGUGCUUUAAAGUGCAAGCCCUGAUUUAGGUUGAGGAUCACGUAGUGGUUGCUGUAUAAUAGCGUACAACUGUUCAGAAGUCAAUGUCAGAACCUUUGGUUAUUGUUAAUGAUAUUUUUGUACUUGUACACUUUCUGCAGUCGUCAACUAAUAUUUAAAUUCACGGUAACUGAAGUGUCUAGCUUCAUCUGCCAAGAGUGUGUAAUAAACUACUGUUGGAUUCA